UGUUUCCUUUCCGCUGGAUCUCGAAAGUCGAGUGCUUGUUCUCUCUUGCAGAGCUAAGGUUAUAUCAACGACUUGCACCAUUAUUGACAUACAUCCAGCUUUAAUAUAAAUUAUACAAGUAGAAAAAAUGACUACCAAGGCUGAACUCGCUUGCAUUUACUCGGCAUUAAUCCUCGUCGACGAUGACAUCGCUGUAACUGGCGAAAAAAUCCAAACAAUUUUGAAAGCUGCUAACGUCGACGUGGAAUCUUACUGGCCUGGACUUUUUGCCAAAGCUCUGGAAAAUAUUAACGUGAAAGACCUUCUAACAAACAUUGGAGCAGGCGUUGGAGCUGCACCAGCAACAGCACCGAUCACUGCAGCACCUACUAGCGCGGAAGCUGCGCCAGCUAAGGAAGAAAAGAAGAAGGAAGAACCUGAAGAAGAAUCCGACGACGAUAUGGGCUUUGGUCUGUUUGACUAAACUUUCGGAUCGCAAUUUGCUGGUCCAUCCACUUUUGGCAAUUAUAUUGUACAAUGAAUAAAAUAUUUUUAAACUGA